AUGCAGAUCAGCACCAGAUGCUGUGCUCGGCUCCAGAAGCCCCAGAGACAGCCGCCCGGCUCUGUGAGGGAGAGGCAAAGGGGAGAAGAAGCCUUCAAGGACGCAGUCAGAUCGCCAUGUCUUAUGCGGGAGGCUGGAGGACAGGAUGCAUUACGGGCGUGCACAGCGCGUCUGUUCGGUCUAGGCAGACAUGGUGCCUGGGAAGAGGCUCUCGGCAUCCUGCAAGAUCUCCAGAGCCGUGGGUUCCAGAUGGAUGCUGUUCUCUGCAGUGGCCUCUGUCGCGCGUGCGAGAGCUCGCAGCGUUGGGAUGUGGCGCUCUCCGUGCUCGAAGAGCACUCAACGCUCGUCCUGGAUGCCAUUGCUUGCACGGGGCUGAUGCGCCUGCUGGGUGCCGGAAAGCAGUGGCACCGCUGCCUCGAGGUCUUCAGAGACAUGUGUCGAGAAGGGCCGGUGCCCGAUGCCACAGCACUCUGCGCGGUGGUGACGAGCUGCGCGAAGAGCAGCAAGUGGCCUCAAGUCCUGGUGCUGCUUGAGGAUGCCUGGAGUCAGAUUUGGCAGCCCAACACAGUGGUGUACAAUUCGGCAAUCUCCGCUUCUGCGCGAGAAGAGCACUGGGAAGUGGCUUUGACGCUGCUGGAGGACCUCAGCGGCCAUUUGCUGCGUGCUGACGCAGUGACCUGCAGUUCUGUCGUCAGUGCCUGUGAGAAGGGCAAGCAGUGGCAGCUGGCCUUGAUGCUGUUUUGUCAGUCAUCAAAUCGCAAUGCCAUGGCAGCCAGUGCAGCUCUCUCCGCCUUUGCGAAGGCCGAGGAGAACGCUGUUUCCGUGGCAUUGCUUCGGAGCUUGGCAGGACUGCAGGUGGAGCCUUCGGCCGCCGCUUUCAACGCUGCAAGCUCUACAAGGUACUGGAAAGAGAGUCUCUUCUUCCUGCUCUGGGGAGAGGUCUUAGGGGUCGCGGCCACUGCCGCAUCGGCAGGAGCCAAAGUGAAAGCCUUCGAAUGCGGGAGUCAGUGGCAAAGCAUCCUGUCACUGGGAAGGCUUGGCACAGGAUCUGGAGGGGGAGCCGCUGGGAUGGUGUCCGCGGUGUCCGCCUGCGAAGAGGCCAGCGAAUGGGCCCGGAGCACAGCGCUGCUCCUGCAGGCCUCAUUGCCGCCUUCGGUCGCCGCCUGGAACUCGGCCAUGGCCUCCAAGGGUUGGCGGGCGGCGCUCUGGAGCCUGGAGCGUCUGCGCGUGGUGCGCGUGGCAGAUGCUUUUUCCUACAACAUGGUCAUCAAGCAGUGCGAUGGUUCGUCUUGGCAAUGUGCCCUCUGCCUACUCAAGGAGAUGGACGAGCAAAACUUGGUUGUUGACAUGCUGACCUACCACAUGGCCAUGACCGCUCAGAUGAAUGGUCUGCAUUGGGCCGAGUGCCUGGCCACGUUGCAGGCCAUGGAGGAAGCAGACGCCAUUGAAGGCCCUGCAGGCAUCCUCGCCUAUGGGCCGGCAGUUGGCGUUUGUUUGAGAACUUUGCACUGGGAGCGCGCGCUGCUCCUCGUCUUCCAACGCUUGCGGCAACGGCGGCUACGGCCCGACUCGCCGAUGAUGAACUCCUGCAUCACUGUGUGCGAGCGUGCAGGGCAGUGGCAGCUGGCACUGCAGAUCUACUGGGACAUGUGCCUCUUCGGGCCAACUCCGGACGAGACGACGCGCAAUGCCGCCCUUGCAGCCUGCGCAAGGGGUGCGCAGUGGCAGUGGGCCCUUGAUCUUCUUUCCGGCGACGGCAGGUCUGCCGCGGCGUCCGCUCAGAGGCCCGAGGUGGCCUUGGGAUCGGUGCUGGAGGCGCUUCAGCUCUCAGCGAAAUGGCACCAGGCCCUGGAGAUCUUGGCCUCGCAGCCGAAGCAAAAAACGAAUGUGAUCUGCACCUCGUCAGUCUUGCUGGCCUGCACCCGUGCCCAGCGCUGGCCACUGGUUGCUGCACUCCAAGAGGACUCCGCCGGUUCCCUUGUGGAGGCAUCUCGAGACCUGCGUCGAGGUGUGCUGGAACUUGCCCAUGCCAACAUUGUGGUGGCCUUGCUGGACGGUUUGGAGGAUAUGCAGGUGUACAGGGAGCGAGAGGCCGCCGCCUUCAGAAAGACACUGUACGUUCCGGCCAAACGUCAACUCGUACGCCUGUUGAGGUCUGCUGCCGUUCCAGAACUGAUGGCGGGGGAGGCAGUCCUCCGCUGCAAGCUGCUGGAGCGGCAGUCAUCCCUAGGACGGUUCUUUGUCGACCGCUUCUGCUCCGAGCUCUUCGCUCGAGCGAAGCCAAAGGUCCAAGGCGCCCAAGGAGCCAAAGCGUGCAGAAGGGCGAUGGCUCAGGCAGGAGGAAUCUGGGAUGAGAGACCGGUGGCCAAACAGAUCCUGGCCUGGGUGGUGUUCAGACUUCCUUGGCUUAGUGGGGCUCGGCUUGGCGGACAUCGCGUCGAGGAGGAGACUCCAAGACAUGGAUCCAAACUUCUCCCGCUUCAUGUGGAGCACUCCCGGGCCCCGCAUGCCGAGCGCCAGGUGCUUCGCGACAUCCUACGGCAGCUACGGCUACGGCGGCUACGUUCAGCGGAUUCGCUGGCGGCGCUGGCGGUCAAAAAGCAUGCUCUGCGCUGCUUUGCGGCUGGCGACGAGGGCCAUGACCGUGACCCUUGCCGACCCAUCAACAACAGGCUCUUGACCUCCGCAGGAAGGUUUGGGGGCGGGUGGGGGGGAAAGGGGGAGGGUGGGAGCGGGGGCGCUUUCAGCCAUGCCGCGGAGGCGUCGUGGCAUCUGCUCCUGGAGCGCUCCUUCAGAUCCGCCCGGCGGAUCGGCCUUGGCCGCCUCGUCGGCCCCAAAACCUGGAAGAAGGCCGAGGUGAUCCCCGUGGUGGGCCGGCGGUACCCUGACGAGAUCUUCAGCGCCCUGCGCGGAGCAGGCUGCCUGGGUCCCGUCGGUCCCAAGGCCUGCAAGCCCAGCAAGAUCGCCGCCGAUGCUGCGGUGGAGGAUCCUUUUCCAGAUCCGGCGUCACAGCUCCUGGAACUCCGAUGCUGCAUCCCUGUAGCAGAGCGCGGUGCCUUGGCCUCCGAGCAGGAUGGGAACGGGAUUCCGGGAGGAGGCGACCCAACGGUUUUAUCCCAGAACACCUCGAAACACGCGUUGGAAGAGCCAACUUGCAGACGCAUCUCCUACCGCUUGAACGAGGACGCCGUGGCUUCGCUCUCCAUCUCCACAUCUCUCCCGCCGAGCCUCUUGCAGGAUGCCACGGGCAUCGAGGUGCGGCUGGAGGUCAACUUGCACCGUGCCUUCGCCCGGAUGCUGAACCUCAGGUUCCCAGCGGCGGGCUACGAGGCUGACUGGCGCGUUUGGAGUGGAUCGCCUCCCGACCUUCAGAGCCCGAGCCCGGGGCACGCGCAGCCGCCGAACUUCCGCUUGCCGCUACGACCGGAGCAGCUGCGAUCGCUGCAAUGGAUGGUUCAGCAGGAGCUUUGUGACCAACUCCUCACGAUGGCUCCUCUCCUCGCGGUUCAAGUCGUUUUGUUUAUCGAUGUUAUUGGCAGCGAGAACGUGCCGAAGAGGCAGGGGCCCUGGGAUGCUCCACGAAGCCUCGCAUUGGAUUGGACGUUGGACUGUCGUGUGAUCGCCUCCUUCAAGGCACGUGGAGGCGUCUUGGCCGACGAGCGGAUAGGCUAUGGAAAGACAGCUUUGGCGAUAGCACUGGUAGAUGUGCUGCAUGGAGAGCCCUUUCGGGAAGAUGAUGAGCCUGAUUGCGACUUCUUUUUCCCCUGCACGAGCACGCUGAUUUGCAUGCCCUCUCAUCUUCAUGGGCAAUGGGCUGAAGAGUUCGUGAAGUUCACGGGCAACACGUACAAACUCCUGAGUCUGAGCAGAGAAGCAGACUUGAAGAAAGCGACGGUCAGGAGCGUCUUGGAGGCGGACGUCUGCUUGUGCGACUACCAACUUUUUCAGCGGAGCUUCUACGUGAAGAGGCGACAGGAGCUGGGGGGCUUGGAGGCGAACUCCGCCGAGGCGAACUCCACCGAGGAGGCGAAGCUGCGGGCCGAGUUUGGGCCCAGGGAGCCCAAGAAGGCGGAGGAGCGCUCGAACUUCGAAGCGCUGCAGCGUGCGACCUUCAACUUUCUCCAAGCACCGGAGAAGCACAGCUGGAGGCGCUUCCUCAAGCACUUCAAGCACUCCUCGUCUAAAGGGUCUUGGACAGAGCUCACUUUCCCGGUCUUGGAGCAGUUCUUCUGGAAAAGGGUCAUCUUCGACGAAUGUCAUGAACUGCAUGGAGACAUCUGCCACACGUUGUGUUUUCUGCGGGCACACCAUCGUUGGGGCCUCACCGGGACACCGGCUUUACACGGCAUGAAGCACAUCGCAAACAUGGCAUCCCUACUCCGUAUCGAGCUGGCCGGUCCCGGCAGAUUGCGAGAGAAUCCCGUGCUGGCUGAGAACUGUUGGCGUUUCUUGGAUUCGUGCGUCCGGCAGAAUAGCGCAGAGCUUCCGAAGCUUCGCAUCAUUCAGCAUCUGAAGUUUGUGCGGCACACUGCGCAAGAGCGUGCGCUGUACCUGUCCGCGUGCAACAGCGACGCCGACAGCGAUGGCAUGGGCAUCGCUCGGAAGCUCUUGCAGCUCUGCUCUCACUUUUCCCCGCAGGAACUCGCAAAAGACGCCGACGAGGCGUGUGGUCGCCUGCUGAAAGCCAAGCAGCAGGAGGUUGCGGUGGCCAAAGAGGAGGUGCGGCAAGCAGUCCUUUGGUCAGAAGGGCUUCGCCGCCUUUGCAACAGCUUGCCGCCACAGCCUGCGACGCAAGCGCCGAAGGCACAUGCCGCGGAGAUGGAGACCUGCUUGAGGACUUUCCUAGAAGAGCUGCGGGAAGAGGCGAGUCGCCUCAGUCCAGCGGAGCAUCUGAGGCUCCUGAAGGGAUCCACUUCGUGGCAGCGCAGGCUGCGGCAAGAGCUCAGAGCGAAAGCGGAGCCGAGAGAAAGGAAGGAGCCAAAGGAGCCCGUCAAGGAACUUGUCGAAGAGGGCCUUGACUUCGAAGGCCGUGCCAUAGGAAAUCUCGCAGACAAAACGCAGCGCCUUCGCUUCCUUGAGCGCACCCUGGCUCUUGUGGGAAGCCCAAACAACCCGGAGACUUCCAAUCUGCGCUCCUGCAGCAUCUGCUACGAGGACAACCUCGAACUUGAGCAGCUGGGCAUCACACCAUGUGCCCACGUCUUCUGUCUGCGCUGCCUUCACGAGCAAGUGGUCAAGAACCAGCAGUGUGGCCUGUGCCGGCAGCCCCUCAAGAAGGUGGAUAUCCAGCCUUUGAUGCUGGAAGUGAGCCAGGAAGGAGCAGAAAGAAGCGAAGGCAGCCGCAGCCGAAGCUUGCCAAGCCGCUUCGGGCAAUUCGGCAGCAAGUUGGGAGCCAUCGUCCUGCAGCUGCAGGAGAUCAAGGAAGAGGAUCCCUUGGCCAAGUGCAUCGUCUUCUGCCAGUGGGAGAGCUUGCUGCAUUUGAUCGCCGGUGCAUUCGGGACCUUCGGCAUCCGCUUUGCCCGACUCGACGGCUCAGUGUACGCACGCACGCGGACGCUCAGCAACUUCAAGGGAACUUCGUCGUCUUCAGUGGACGUGCUGCUCUUGUCCCUGGAGCAGAGUGCCAGCGGAACAAAUCUCACCUGUGCCAAUCACAUCAUCUUCGUGCACCCCAUGAGCGCGCAGACGCAAGAGGAGUCCAUCGCCUUCGAGCUCCAGGCGAUCGGCCGCGUCCGGCGCUGGGGCCAAGCUCGCAAGGAGAUCCACCUCUGGCGCUUCUGCACCGUGGGCACCCUGGAGGAGGAGAUCACACGAAAGCAUCAGAAGGAGAUCUACGAAAGCUGUCACGAGUGCGAGUCUAACCAUCCCGUCCUCGGCGUGAAAAGGAAGCGAGAUGAGCCGGAAGAGAUCCCUUCGGGCCGAAGGACGGGACACGGACACUCUGGCGAGGAGCUGCCCGGAGGAGGGCCCACACAGAGCACGCGGAGCACGCGGAGCACGCAGCAGCACGGCCCGCGGCACUUCGGCAAGCCCUUGGCCCCUCGCUCAGUGGCUCCGUGCCUUCUCUCUCUGUCUCUGUCUCUCUCCCUCUCCCGGCGACGUGGGCCGAGGUGCCUCAGUCGCUCCCGCUGGACCUCGCAGACUCCGACUAGCGGAAAACGUACUGCACUGCGCUGCUUGCGUCCCUUCUCAGUCCUGACACAGGGCACGGGAGGUUGCAACGUUGCCGCAAGGGCCCAAGGUGUAGAGGACGGGGCCUUCUGCCUUUCGGCUCCCAAGGAGCCGGACUGCGCAGAGGCCUGGGGUUUCAGAGAUGGGUGUGCUUCGGCGAUGACAGCGACGCCACCGCCGCGUCCCUUGAGGACGCAAGAAGGGGAUGACCGCUUCAAGCUUGCUUCGGAGGUGCGUUUCGGCAAAGCCGCGGACUUUUCAAGAGGCCUCUUCAAGCAGGUGUCCACCGCUGGCUUACUUCAAGCUAUGAGCAAUCUCCUGGUGCUGAACGUGUCUCGCACACCGCUCCGUUCUGCUGAGCUCGAGACGAUCUGCACGGCGGCACCAGGACUCAUCCGUAUCGAUGCAAGUCGCUGCAGCUUGGAUGAGCUGCCGCACAGAUCGGUCUUCGAGUCUCUGCACAACGUCAAGGUCGCACUCUUCCACCAGAACAUGAUCCGCAGGUGGCAGGACGUGCUGAGUCUGUGUGGAUGCCCUGCCUUGAUCUGGCUGACCAUCUUCCAAAAUCCUGUGGCAGGUGAUCCUACGAUUCGAUCUGUGGUGUUGGCGGAAAAGCCUUCGAUUCUGGCAGUGGACCACCGCAUGGUAACGGAGCCAGAGCGCCUGGGGCCAGAGUGGGAUGUGGUCUGGUCCGUGCUGUCCCGGUCCACGCGCUUCGGGGCAAGGCAACUGGAUCCCGACUCUUUAGAUCUGGAGGUCAAUGGCUCCAGAAGAAGCUUGGCCUUUGAGCAGAAGGAUGACUUUAUGAUUCAUCUCGCGCUGCAGGAGAUUCGUGUCAUGGAGGGCCAUUAUCAGAAUGCAUCCCCGGCACGUUGCAUACAGGCUGUUUGGCGUGGAUUUCACGUGCGGCGAUCCGUGGAGCAUCACAAGGUUCGAAUGGUGCGAGCCGCAAAGGCACUGCAACGUGGAGCCCGACGCCUGUUGUGGCGGAAAGACAUGGCGGAGUAUGUCAAGGAGUAUUUGGGCGAGAUUGAUGAGCUGGACUUGCUCUUGGACGCGAAGGAGAUGCUGCGACGUAGGGCAUUGAAGCUCAUCGAGGCUCGCGUUCGUAGAUGGAUACUACAGCGGAGUCUGCAGCGGAGAGAGCGGAAGGCAGCGGAGUUGAUCUGCCGCCAUGCUCGCAGCUGCCUUGUCCGGCGCAGGUUGCUCUAUGCACGAGCCGAUCUUUAUCAGUGUCAGACCUUCUAUUUUCCCGAGCGACAUGCCUGGGAGUUCCACGUGUUGUGCAACCUGGUACUGCGGGCUCAUGGCUGGCCGUCACUGCCAGCAGACCACACAUUUCAGGAUGCCAAUGUGCUGGGCAUCCGUUUCCCAGAAUUCAACGAGGCAGCGCUGCGCAGCAUGGCGUGGCUGCGCUUCCUGGGUUUCGCUCAGCGGCUGGUGCUGCGACCGCUCCGCUCUGGCAGAUUCCCUGCAGCUUGGGACGGUCCCUUUCACCGCCUGGUGGGAAAGAAUCAGAAUGAGUUACAAAGGAAUGACACAAAGGAGGGCAAAGAAUGGGCUGAAAGGAAGGUCCGGCGCCGUGGCGACAGCUUCAACAAUCGCUGCCGAAGGGCCUUCAGGAACUCCUGCUGCCCGGGCCCACAUCCCGUGAGGCGCAUCGAGGCCACCGCUGAAGUGCAAGAGUGCGUCCUCUUGAAGGAGUUCUUGGAAGGACCAGAGCAACGGUGGCCGGCAGAGGCCAACAUUCUCCGGGUGAGGCAAAUGACAGGCCCUCUCGCAGUGACACUAACGCCAAUUGAAUUCAGCCGCAACGUGAUGCGCCUCCAGCGCAGAGGCGCGGGAGAGGAGGGCAGCUCCGAUCUCGCAGCUCCGAUCUCGCAGGCUUCCGCCGCUUCCGCUUCCUUGAGCCGCUUCGGGCAGAUCCUGGGAGACGCCGCGGCGCUGCUCGACGGCUGGCUCCCCGCAGAGGCUGGCGAGGCGCUCUUGCAGAGCCUGACAGCGCUGGAGGACGUCGGAUCGGCAGUGGAAGAGUAUCGACUGUGCACAGUGUGGGCGCUGGCCGCAUUCGCACUCCACGUCACAGCGGGUGCGAGGCUGACGGAGCCAACUGCGCAGCUGGCCUUCGGAGCGUCAGCACUGGCGGCAAGGCAGGCCAAGUGGAGGCAUCAGAAUGAGUGGCUAUUCUGCUGCGAACCUGCCAGGGAUUGGGAUGAUGACACCUUCAAGCAUUUCAAACUCAGGAGCUAUCGGUUUCCGCCUCUGAAGCUGCCCACCACAUCUUAUCCUGACUUUCAUGGUCACUGUGCGAGCUCCGCUUGGUUUGGAGGAUCACCAAAGCGAGCUUCUCCGUCCAAGCAGCUGCGCGAUGCUGCUCGUGCACUGGCUCGCCCGCAGUGCCAGUGCAGGGGCUACGCUGCUGAUAAUAGUCGCAACCGAAAGCCGGCGCCAAGCAGUCGCGAAGAAUCACUCAAAGACCACCUUGCUGCAAUUCUUUGUGAUGGCGACACUGGUUUUAGCGAUUACUGUCGCAUGCGCUGCACACCUCGUUCCCCAAGACACGCGGAAGGAAGACACAGGGACAUUUUUCCGCUUGCUGCUGUGGCAGUGUGGAAUUUUGUUCCUGAGGUUGUUGCUUUUGGGGCUGACAUUGCACUUCUCUUGCUGAACGGGUGCAUUGCCGCUCUGAAUUUCUCGGUGGCCGACUUCAGGCCCGGCAAGGUUUCUGAAGUCGUUGCAAAGCAUACACAGGCGCAACGGGCGGCAGUGGAGCACUUGGCUGCACAUGCCGCCCGCUUUCUUGGUGAGAUCAUCAGGCAUUGCCCGCAGGGCCCACGCUGCUCUGAUGCUUGCAGCCGCUAUGGGGAGCAAGAGCCCGACAGGCAUCCUUCGCUAAACGCGGAGGCCGUCGAUCUUCCGGCAAUAGCAGGCACUUGCGAAACACAGAGCCACAUGUUUGAGGACCUUAAGAGUAUUGUGACGUCACCCGCUAGGCUUUUUGGAGACAUAACAUCGCAAGAGGAGGAGUGUCCCGCUCGUUUUCCGUCUGGCAAGCAAGGGCAAGAGUACCUCAGCUAG